AUGGAUAUAUCCCUAUCUGUGCAGGAAACCAACAAGCUUCGGGCCCAGCUGGGACUUUCUCUGAUUCCUGUUCCUGGCGAGAAUGGCGGAAUGGCUUCUGGUGCCCGCUCGGAGACGAAACCGGACAAGGAGUACGAGAACUUUCUCGAGGCUGAAAAGAAGAGCAAAAAGGAACAGACCUCGCACGAUCUGCAAGAUCGCAUUACACAGACCAAGAGCGACCUGAAACGACGCCAGUUGGAGUCGGGGGAAACGCUUAUUUCGCAAUUGGACAAGGAGGAUGUUGCUGACGACGACUGGUUGGCCAGUCUCGGAGCCCCAAAAAAGAGGAGUACUAAAAAGAAGGCGAUGGUUCGAACACAGGAAGAUACGCUCGAAGGUGUUGCCGUGGCACACGAUAAAGAAGAGUAUGGGCAAUUUAUAAAUGAGAACGACGAAACCGUGUUCACAUUGAAGGAUAAGGGUGUGUUAGACGACGGAGAGGACGAGCUGGAGAGCUCCGAACUGAACGAGCGAUUAAAGGUUAAAAGAGUUCUGGACGCCAAGUCGAAGAAGAAGGACGUCGAGGAGGAGCAAGUGGACGGGUUCAGAAUAGGAGAGGUUGUUCCCAAGCCGAAACAGACGAAGAAACCGCCUGUUUCUUUGCUGUUGGAUCUUGACGAUGAAGCUCCUGUGGUUUCUGACUAUGUUGCUCCUGUGAUGAAAAAGUUGAAGAAAAAGGUGCAGAACAAACGGAAGAACUCGAACGAGGACCUGAAAGAGGCCGAUUUCAAAAAGGUGAAGCUGAUCAAUGAGGAUCUCGAGAAAGACGACGAGAUCGAGAUGAAUAAUUUCCUAGCUGCUUCCAGAAGAAGACGACAGGAGAAGAAACUGGUUGUGGCGCAUGAGCAACCUACAGUUGGAGACGGCCAGACCGUGCUUGACGAAGAUGCAGAGUUUCUGGAAAACCUCAAGCCUGUUGCUGAAGACGCAGUUCCCGAAGUGGAAGCAGAUAGCGUGCCAGCACAGCCAAAGGUCGAUUUGGAGUCGAUCUCCGCAAAACUUGAUGUUCUCCACGACAAGGUGGACGAUAACAUGGGCAUUGGCAGCGCUUUGAAGCUGCUUCGUGAGACUCCUUACGAGAAGUCCAACACUUCCCAGAUUAAUCUUGUUUAUACUGACGACGACGGAAAGGUGCUCACCACAAAAGAGGCGUACAAGUACCUUUCGCACAAGUUCCACGGGCACAGGAAAUAG